UCCCGGGGCACUAGAGACGCCUCCCGACUGGAGCUGGCGGCGGGCGGGCCUGUCUUUUGCCGGCGGCUCGCUGGAGUUGCUUGGAGGACCCGGGGGACUCGGUCGGCCGCCGAGGCACUCGAAGGCGCCGCGGCCACGCUUCCUGGGAUUACUGAGUGGCUCCCUUGAAAAAUCAUGAAGUCACACUAUACUCUGCUUACUUUAGCUUUUCUGAUGUUCCUGAUGUGUCUUCCUGUAUCACUCAGCUGUAACAAAGCCCUUUGUGCUAGUGAUGUGAGCAAAUGCCUCAUUCAGGAGCUCUGCCAGUGCCGGCCUGGAGAGGGAAAUUGUUCCUGCUGCAAGGAGUGUAUGCUGUGUCUGGGAGCCCUUUGGGAUGAGUGCUGUGAUUGUGUUGGUAUGUGUAAUCCUCGAAAUUACAGUGACACACCUCCCACUUCAAAGAGCACGGUGGAGGAGCUGCAUGAGCCCAUCCCUUCUCUCUUCCGAGCUCUCACAGAAGGAGAUACCCAGUUGAAUUGGAAUAUCGUUUCCUUCCCUGUUGCAGAAGAACUUUCACAUCAUGAGAAUCUAGUUUCAUUUUUAGAAACUGUGAACCAGCCACACCACCAAAAUGUGUCUGUUCCCAGCAAUAAUGUUCACACACCUUAUUCCAGUGACAAAGAGCACAUGUGCACUGUGGUUUAUUUUGAUGACUGCAUGUCCAUACAUCAGUGUAAAAUAUCCUGUGAAUCCAUGGGAGCAUCCAAAUAUCGCUGGUUUCAUAAUGCCUGCUGUGAGUGUAUUGGUCCAGAAUGUAUUGACUAUGGUAGUAAAACUGUCAAAUGUAUGAACUGCAUGUUUUAAAGAAGGAACAGAAAUGUUAAAGCAAUUUAGCCAAAAAAGAUGACAUAAAAAGCUCUUCAGUGAGUUGACUAGUUGCAUUGGAAUGCCAGUAAGUUAGGAAGUUGUAAAGUAUUUGUAGUGAGUUACCUUUUAAAGAAUGAAAUAUGCAGGAAUGUGUUAAAUUAUAUUAUUAGAACUGUUCUUUUUGAGCUUAUUGCCCACUAGCAAUAUGUCUUUUCCUUUGGAUACAUGUAGAACUUUAGUCAUAAGAGAAGCCAGUAUACAGAGGAUUCCUGGGAAGAUCUGAGGAUCCUUUUUAUACCUAAGUCUGAUACUACUUUCUUCUAGCAUUCCAAAAGAUUUCUGAUUUGAAAGUGAUGGUAGAAGACUGUUAACAAGAGUUAUGGUUUUACACGUGCUACUUUCAGGAUGUCAAGUUUCAUAGUUGUAUGUCAUUCUACACUGUGCCUUGUAGUAUUUACCUGUUUUAUAUAGAGUAAGUAUAUCACUCUGACAACUCAUAAAAAUCACUAUUACAAGCUUAAUUUCAAACCUUUAUACAUUGGCUUCAGAAAGUAAAUACUAUAUUUUACAGUCAAAAACUCUUACGUAGUUGGCACCAUCCUAUAAUACACGUGUUGACAAUA